AUGGAGACUUCGUGGAGAGACGCAUACAACGAAAUGGACCACCUACCUCCUCUAUUGGAAGAUGAGGAGAAUGUGUCUCUGGCAGACAUCCUGACUUUGCAAGACAGCUGUCUGUCUGAAGAAGAUGUGUGGGCAGUUUGUGCAGAGUGCGUUCUAGCUCUGCAGAGCAUUCGACCCUCCCACCUGUUCCACACCUUGUGCAUUACUCCAGACACGCUGGCCUUCAACGCACAUGGAAAUGUUUGCUUUAUGGAACAGGUUAGCGAUGAUCCGGAGGGAUUAUUUGUGCCUCCUGAGUUUGACAGCACAGGUAGUACAUUUGAGGGCCAUGUUUUUUCUUUGGGUUCAACUCUGUCUGCGGCGCUGAAUUUUGUGAUCGAACCAGAACUCCGGGCUGAGCUGGGAGAGGUCAUUCAAAAGCUAUUGGAGAAAAUGCAGGAAAAGAAACCAGAGGAUCGACCGCUCAUAAAGGACAUCCUCUAUCAGGCUCAAGCACGUCUGCACCACACCUCAUCUGCGGCUGUGUGCCGUAAAUUAUCCUCUGUUGGACGGCGUGUGCUCUCCAUUGAAUCAAUAUCAAAUUUCCAAGGCUGGGAUUCCUCUCUCUGGGCCGAGGAUGCCAAUAUUUCAGACAGAUGCUGCAUGGGCUUAGCAGACGAGCUGGAAUGCUGUUCUCACAACACCUCACCACUGAGGAUGAGAGCCCAUCAGAGAUUCAUUAAGGCGAAAGGAGCACUGAAUCGCUCCUGCUCCAUCCCGGACUCCAAUAAUCCACCUUGCUCCUCAUUUCCUCACGGAAAUAUUACCAUACCUGUAUCAGACCUUACUGAGAUCGAAGCAGAUCAACGUUUUUGUUCCAAGUCUGUGCAGAGCAGCAGAUCCAAAAGAGUCACCCGAGGAAGGUCCUUGGAGUCAUACCCACGUAGAAUCGCAGAUGAUUGCGUGAGCUCAAUUACUGACUAUUCAACAUCAAGAGGAAAAAAAGAAGAUGCCGGCAAGUCAUCUUGGUAUAAAGAAAGCCAUUUUCAAGAAUGUCAUAAAAAUUCAUUGAAGGAAGAGAGUCAGAAUGUGGCCUCAUCCUGCACAUCGGCCUCCCGCAAUCGUGUGGAUGUGGAACAUGACACCCUCGGGGCCCAAAAAUCAUCAAAGAACCACAAGCUCUACAUCCCAAAGAAUGUCAUGACCAAAAGCAUGCUUUUCCUCAGUGAAGAAUGUACGCAUGAGUGGAUCCCACUAAGAGAAUUACUUGCACAUUGUGGCCUGGGGCUUACUGUGAAUGAGCUAUGGGCUCUCUGUUAUACUUGCCUUUCAUCCCUGCAGACCUAUAUUGACUUUCCAGCUUGCAUAUCCUUGGAUAAUGUAUACAUUGGCUGCACAGGGGAGAUACUUUUCUUGACACCGAAAAACAUUGAAUCUCAGGAUAAAUUUUAUCUUGCCCCUGAAUAUCAAGAGCAUGGAAUCGUAACUGAGAAGGCUUGUGUUUAUGGAGUUGCUGCUAUCCUUUGGGCAACUGCAAAGUUCACUUUGUUGCCCAAUCAGAAGCUUGUGAUGCCUCGCAAACUGAAGCGACUUCUGCUUGAAAUGGCAAAGAAUGCACCCGUCGAGAGACCUUCCAUUGCCAUGGCUAAACAGAGUUGCUUUGACUACUUAACACGUCAAGGAACAAAUGCUCAGAAUGUGUGGAACCAAUUAAUCAGCAGAGUUCAUGCGUUCAAAUACUACUGCAUCCCCCCAGUACCAGUGGAUUUUUCACUGUUUUGCUCUUCAAUGACCCACUCUUUUUCUUUCCACUGCCCAUGUGAUUCAGUCAGCUGUCUUUGUUUCUCCUCACUGGCCCAUCUUUGCACACUCCUUCUCCGGUGUGACAUAGACAUGGACGGUUCAGACGCAGGGCUCACUGAGGGAGGAGACCACUUGGCUAAGCCCAGCGAUGAAAGCCCCUCUGAAGCAGAGUGCCAUUCAAAGGAAAAAGAAACGUUGCCUGAUAUUUGUGGUGAACAGAUGAGUCCUAAUUGCCUGGAAGAGAUGGAGGACAGUGAUUCUCUAGUUUCAGAGCAAUUUAUCUCAUCUGGAUGCUCAGUAGACGGACCAGACUUGUACUUCAGGCCUGCCUGGGACUUGGCUUUUUUUGGAGAGGAGUGUUUUAGCCCAGAGGUUAUUCAGUAUGCUUCGAGUCUUGGCCAGUACUCAGGAUUGCCAUGCCUGGAUGUUAAAACACAGGAACUGCAGCAGCAGCUGAUCAUUGAAACAAGGAAUCUUAAGAAAAUGAGAAAUUUCUACCAGAAACUAAUUCAGCAAGAGAGAAAGAAUCAAGGUUUUGAAAACAAAGGAAUGUUGUCCAAACUCAAGGCUGAGCUUGAAGAACUGAGAUCCAAAGUGAUCUUGUUGAAUUACGUCAAGAAGUACCUUGAGACACAGAGUGUGGAUCAGUGGGGUUUGGACACAUCAUUACUGCCCUCUUUGUCUACUUGUGGGAUGAACUCUAUAGCAGUCAAAAGCUCUGAAGAAACACCCGUUUUGAGCUUUACAACUCACAAAGGGAAAAAAAAUCUGCAUGCAGGGACUCCUCUAGGUCUUAUGGCUUACCUUUAUGCAAAAAAUGCUGCUUCAGAGGGGUAUAUUCAGCAAUUUCUAUAUACUUAUCGCUUUUUCUGCACUUCUGAGCAGUUACUGCAGUUUAUUAUGGAGACGUUCAUCACUGCUGUGAGAGAGUGUCCAGACAAAUCCGAAAAUAGUGUUAACAUCUUACAUCGCAGUUUGGACUUGCUUUACAUGUGGAUUAUGGAUUGUAAAAUAGUUGACUUCACUCCAAAGUCUAAUGUUGUGGCUGUUUUGGAAAACUUUCUUCGUACUGUGUGGAAAAUCUCAUCAGGAGUGGAGCCUUCGGCAUCUCUGCCAAAAGAGAAGGAUUUCUCCAUAUCUGCAGCUCUGCCCCUGCCUUGCUACAUCUCCAAUCCUUACAGCAGUGAUGAGCACAUCUCCUUCAGCCAGAAAAAUUGCAGUAUACUGAAUGUAGCCCAGCAACUCACACUUCUGCAACAGGACAUUUUCCACGGUUGUCAUCCAGUCCAUUUCCUCAAUUCCAGAAUUCAAGGUAUCAGAGACAAGCCCUCUAAGGGAAACAACUCUGGGUCCAAGCAAAUUCCACCAGUAGAGAGCAGCAGCCUGCCACACGACGGGAUGUCAUCAGAGUCCUACCUGCAGCAGUUGAUUGGUUACUCUGACAGCGUUAUAAAAUGGAUCUCUGGUGAAAUAGUCAUUUGUGACUCAGUCAAGGAACAAGUUGCCCUACUAACCAAAUAUCUAUGCAUUGGGAAGCAUUGCUAUGAAUCCAGAGAUUUUGCUACAGCCAUGCAGGUUCUCGGAGGACUGGAGAAUGUCAUUGUCAGAAAGUUACCGGCAUGGAAACAUCUGUCUUCCAAGAUGCUUGAGAUACUGGAGGAGCUACGAGCUGUGCAGGUGUUUCUGAAAAGUGAUGACUGUUGUCUGAUCACUGGGGAACACAAGAGGCGAAGGCCCACCCUGCCGUCAGCACAAAUCCUAGCCAUGCAUGUUCAACAGCGGGAAAUUGGAGCCUUCACUGUCACGAGCGGAGCUGUCAAAUGGACCAAGCUUAGGAGCAUUGCUAAAGUGGUGAGUCAGGUCCACGCCUUCCAAGAGGUAAUAUUCAACUACAACCCAGACCGGAACAUGCAGGCCUACCUUCGUCAUCGUAUCAGCCAGCUCGGCAAUUCUGACAUUCAGCUCCAAUCUGCUGCCCAUGAUGCGGAGUCCCAGCUGUCAACUGAGCGUGAAACAAGGAGGGUUCAGGAUACCCUGAAAAAGGUUAAGGCCUCCCUCCAGUGA